AUGCCCUUUGGCCUUAAGAAUGCAGGAGCAACUUAUCAGAGGUUGGUCAAUGCCAUGUUUGAAGAAGAAAUUGGGGAAGUCAUGGAAGUCUAUGUGGAUGACAUGCUGGUCAAAAGCAAGGCAGCUGACGACCACAUUGCCAACUUAGACAAAGUCUUCACUAAGCUCCUAGCUGACGGGAUGCGCCUCAACCCCCAAAAGUGCAUUUUGGCUGUUAGUGGCGGAAAAUUUUUGGGUUUCAUGGUCAGUGAAAGAGGCAUUAAAGCUAACCCAAAAAAAGUACAAGCCAUACUUGACAUGACAGUCCUGAAGACUUGGAACGAAGUCCAGUGCCUCAUGGGACGUUUGGUAGCCCUGGCUCGUUUCAUCUCCCGCUUCACAGACAAAUGCAACCCAUUCUUUCAACUGCUAAAACUCACCAUCAGCGCUGCUCUCACACGCCAUGAUCAUGACAAUGAGCUCCCGGUAUACUACUGUGGUAGAGGGUUCACGGAUCCCGAGAUCCGCUACCCUGACAUUGAGAAAUUAGCUCUUGCCCUCAUCACCACAGCUAGAAAACUCAAACAAUACUUCCAAGCACAUACCAUCCAUGUCCUCACCAAUCACCCUCUGCGGCAAAUACUUCAAAAACCUGAAACUUCAGGGCGCAUGGUAAAAUGGGCAAUUGAAUUAGGAGAAUUUGACCUACACUUCAAGCCAAGAACAACUAUAAAAGGACAAGCUGCCGCAGAUUUCAUUGCUGAGUUCAUCCCCAUGAACCCAGACGAUCCAAACCAAGACGUUCUCCCCCGGAACGAAAUUUGGGAACUCCACGUUGAUGGAUCCUCCAACAACAAGCUCAGUGGAGCAUGGAUAAUAAUCACAGACCCGGAAGGCCAUUCUUACGAAUAUACUCCCCGGUUUGAAUUUAAAGCAUCCAACAACAUAGCUGAAUACGAGGCCCUCAUAGCCGGCAUUCAGCUCUGUCGAGAACUCGGAGCCCUGCACAUCCACAUAUUCAGUGAUUCUCAGCUUGUGGUCAAUCAAGUGGCAGGAGACUUCAAAGCCAACCAGAACAACCUGGGAUCCUACAAAAGUCUAGCUGGCGCCCUCCUACAACACUUCACAUCUUACAAGCUCACACAAAUCCCAAGGGCCAAGAACUCCAAGGCAGAUGCUCUCGCGAGACUCACCACAGCCCCUCCCGAGUCCACGCCACCAGAUGUGCACAUAGAAAUCUGGGACAAACCUAGUAUCUCGAAGGCUUAUUCAGAAAUCUUUGCCAUAGAAACGCCUAGCCAACUCUCAUGGAUGGACCCAUAUGUGGCCUUCCUUUCUAAUGGAACCUUGCCCCUGGAUAAACACGAGGCACAGCGGUUACGCCACAAAGCUUCACUCUACUUGCUUAGAGGAGGGAAGCUAUACCACCGUGGUCAGUCGUGUCCCUUUUUGAGGUGCUUGCCUACAGCAGAAGGGCACAAAGUGUUGAAAUCACUCCAUAGUGGGGUAUGUGGAAACCAUGCGGGAGCUCAGAACCUCAUGUUCAAAGCAUUAAGAGCUGGGUACUAUUGGCCAACAUUAGAGCAAGAUGCAAAGGCAGUUGUCCAAGCAUGCCUUCACUGCCACAAAUUUGUAAAUUUUGCCCACCAUCCCCCAGUUCCAUUAUCUGUCAUCAUCUCCCCAGUCCCUUACAGCCAGUGGGGACUCGACUUCGUGGGAUGGCUACCCACAACCCUGGGGCAGCUUAAAUUUGCAAUUGUCCUUGCCACGAAGUGGAUCGAGGCAGAGUCCCUUGCCACAAUCACAACUGAAAAGGUGAUAAACUUCCUAUGGCGCAAUUUAUACUGCCGGUUUGGGGUACCGCAAGCCAUCAUCACAGAUAAUGGAGCGCAAUUUGACAAUGACACAUUCAGGGAAUUCCUUUCUAAGCAAGGCACCGCAAUCUUCUAUGCCUCCCCAGCACACCCUCAGACCAAUGGCCAAGUGGAAGCCAUAAACAAGCUCAUCAAGCAAAACCUGAAGAAACGCCUGGAAGAAGCUAAAGGGUUAUGGGCGGCCAAGCUCCCGAAAGUCCUCUGGACUCUACGUACCACCCCAACAACAGCUACAGGUGAAUCCUCAUACCUCUUGUCCUAUGGCACCGAGGCGGUGAUCCCUGUGGAAAUGGAGGUCCCGAGUGAACGUAUCAUAGCAUACGAUCCCGCGGCAAACACCGCGGGGCUACGACUCAACAUGGACCUCCUCGAGGAACGCUGGGACAGAGCACAUCUUAGGAAUGUCAACUACAAACAAAAAGUUGCCCGACACUACAUCAUGAAAGUUGUUUCCCUCCCUCUAAAGGUGGGUGACUGGGUCAUGAAAGAGGUCAUCCCUCACCCUACUGAACUCAAAGCAAAGUGGGAAGGCCCAAUGGAGAUAGUCAACGCUCCAGGACCAGCUACAUUUUAUCUCCGCGACACUGAUGGCCGAGUCUUACCUCGUCCCUGGAAUGCUCGCCAUCUCCACCUCUACCAUAUUUAA